GGAGUAAGCUAAUGGGCCUAUAAUGUUUUAGUUCUUUAACGUCUCCCUUUUUGUGGAUUAGUAUAAUGUUUGCAUUCUUCCAGUUUUCUGGGACCCUUGCAGCCGAUAGACACUUUGUAUAGAGAGCCGCCAGUUUUCCUAGCCUUAGGUCUCCUCCAUCUUUAAUUGAAUCGACUGUUAUUCCAUCCUUUCCUGCCGCUUUACCCCGUUUCAUGUCUCGCAAGGCCCUUCCGACCUCAUCUCUAGUUAUAGGAGGAGUUUCUAUAUCCUGUUCAUUAUUGUUUCGAGUGAAGUAGAUUUAGGUGCAUGUUAAAGAACCCCAGGUGGUCGAAAUUAAUCCAGAAUCUCCCACUACGACAUGCCUCAUAAUCAGAUUGGCGUUUGGACUCGUAAAAUCCCAUAUAUUAAUUUAAAUUUUAACGUUAGGGUCUACAGCUCGGCAUAAAACAGCUGAAGCAGAUACGUUUCAAAUUUUAAUUGUUAGUGUGAAUAGUUUGAGUUGGCACUCGCUUCCUGAUUUACUCAUCAAGUCGCAGAGAUGCUGUAAAGUCAAGCAAUGCCGAUCAGAACAGUGAAGUAUAUCAUUCAAAGGAAUUCACGAGAAUCUGCUGUUCAGCUAACUUGCUCUUGAUCGAUAGCUUGCAGCGCACAGCCACAGGACAGACACACAGGUAUGUAAUGAAUUGCCUGUCAGCGUUACAUAUAUGUGCAUGUCUCUUUCAUUUGAUAGUUUGAUGAAAUCUCGUCUAGUUAGGAAAAAUCGUGAAGAAAACAAGUGUUGCUGACCAAAGUGAUGAAAUUACACAUUUGGCACAAGUUAUAGGUGUUAUUCCAAGUUGUGAUACUCCUGCAGUGUUCUGUAAUGCCAGCGAGGCUACUACAGGGCUAUGUAGUGUGUUAACUUUGAUUUUUUUUUUUUUUAGGUGACGCUGUCAAGGGCUUGUUCCCCCAGAAUCGUGUCCGUGUCUCUACAGAAAACUAUCAUCAUCAGGAUUGGCUCCAGCAGCGUCGUCUUCCACAGCUAGCUCGUUGGCGCCCCUCGGCCACAAUACUUCUUGCUCCGUGCCCUCGGCACAACCGCGCUCGUGCCACUGCUCCCGCGUUCGUCGUCGUCAUUAAUGAACACAAACACGUAAACAAUUUUAUAGCGAAUUACAGCGAAGCUGUUAAGGGUUAGUUCCCUCAGGAUCGUGUCCGUGCAUAGACAUAAAACUCCCUAUACGUGGGCCGAUCCCGAAGAUAGUGAAAUGUCGGGCCGACCCACUGCUUAGGUACAAUUCUAAGGGCCCACUUACGCAGGUUCGCUGGUCAUCCUUCUUCACAGAGCGGAAGGGCACCGGUUAUUUUUUUUUUUAUUAUUAGAAGGUCACAAAUAUACGCUAAGUAUGUACAUUUAAAAAAUGCAGACUUAGAAUAUUUUUCUUGCUUUGCUGAGCUUUUUAGUUUGUGAUUUAGCGUUGCAAAAGGAGUUAAAUAUGGUCCACUUUACUUGCUAACCAGGCAAUUUACUGAAAGGAUUUGUGCAUCCUUGCACAAUCACCACAUGGUGCAAUAACAAAUUCAAUUCCCUUUCCAACUAACGCUUUCAUACCGCUUCCACAAUUUAUGAACAGUAGUAGUUAAGUUGGUCGCGCACUAUGCCAUAUUUCACCAAAAUAUAUCAUCAUCAUCACGCUGCUAGCCUCUUGAAGCCAAGCGCAAGUCUUCUUUAGCAUAAAAGAAGCCACAGUUUGUGGUUUCUGGCGGUAAUUACGGUUCGCAAUUACCUGUACCCGUGCUCGAAGAACCUGGGUAAACACUGUCUUCAAAAGCUUAUUUUGUGAGGUAUUAGAGCAGAGGUUUGGUAAGCGAAUCGGCUAUCUUUUCCAAAGUUGAAAUACAGGUUUACGUGUGCUCCUCGCGCAUUUCAACUUUCGUCUGCCACCGGGAGGCGGGAGCUGUGAGCAGCUGAAGCAUCCGCAUGCGUUUGUGUAGCUUGUUCGUAGGUACUCCGAGUUUGUUCUUGAAAUGAACUACAACUCUUGGAACAACCGCGGCCGCGGGCGGUUCCGACGCCGGGCUGGCGGCUCGAGGUUCGCUCCUCACAGACGGCGAAUCGUUGACCGAGAAACCUCGGACGGCAGUCAAGGCGACGGUCAAGUCCCUUCAUCUUCUCCUGAAGUUGGAAACCACUCAAACCGCCGUCGCGCGUCUGUUCAAUCACCGUACCCUGGAUGGAAUUUCUACUUCCCCAACGAAGACUACCCUCCCGACGCGACCGUAGCGCAGAGGCUUAAGCUCCUAGAGGCGUAUUUCGCCGAGAGUGCGUCUAAGUUUGCGGGACCCGCGGGUCUUGUCGACCGCUCUCGAAACUCGUACGAAGUGCGUGUAGACGAAGUCGCGGACGAUUCUGGCGUCAAGGAGGAAUGGCCCGAUUUCAAGGAGUCCCUGAAGUGCCGCCCCCACGACGUUCUCAAAUUGCUGGGUCUUGCAUUACACCAGACACUGACAAAGCAUGAGCAGCAACAAAUAGACGCUUGCAUAGAUGACCCAUUGCCCGAGCUAACUGUUCGCAUUGCCGGCUUUGGGCCUUUGACACCUCUGCGUGACGUCCGCAGCAUGACUUGUGGCCACAUGGUGGCCGUUAGAGGCACAGUGGUCCGUGCAAGCGAAGUGAAGCCACAGUACCGUGUGCUUGGCUUCUGUUGUUCUGGCUGCGGCACUCAGCAAGCUGUUGUGCAGCCUGGUGGCUACUUUACAGCACCCACCAGCUGCCCAGAGAGGGGUUGCCGAUCUAAAACCUUCCAGGAACAGGUUACAUCGCCCUUGACCCAGCUCAGCGACUGGCAGUCGCUGAGACUUCAGGAGUCAGAAGAGGGUACGGAAGGUGGUCGCAUACCACGCAUCAUCGACUGUGAACUGACUGACGACCUGGUUGGGUCAGCCGUCCCCGGUGACAUGGUUACGGUGACGGGUGUUGUGGAGCUUGCACGCUGUGACGGUCCUUCAAACUUGACCGGUCCUGUUGACUGUUACUUGGUGGCAAAUCAUGUGCUCGGCGAUCAACGCGAGGCGGACACGACUGCGACUCCAUCGGGACCUGACCUCGGUCGCCUGGACUACUAUGCCAUCGAGGCGAUCCAUGACAAGCCGGAUUUGUUCCGCCUCCUGGUGAACUCCCUGUGCCCCGCAAUUUACGGCCAUGAGAUAGUGAAGGCCGGCUUGUUGCUGGCUCUCUUCGGAGGAGUGCGAAGGUACUCGGAUGAUCCCGACCACGUGCCCGUACGUGGCGACCCACAUGUUUUGGUGGUGGGCGAUCCUGGGCUGGGAAAGAGUCAGCUACUGCAUGCCUGCGCGAGAGUUGCGCCCAGGGGAGUCUUCGUAUGCGGCAACACUGCAUCCAUAGCGGGCCUCACUGUCUCCGUUGGCCGUGGCUCGGUAGGCGAAGCCUCACUCGAGGCUGGGGCCCUGGUCCUCGCCGACAGGGGUUGCUGCUGCAUUGACGAGCUGGACAAGAUGUCGACAGCGCAAGGGGCCCUGCUGGAGGCCAUGGAGCAGCAGUGCGUGAGCAUAGCCAAGGCCGAGCUGACGGUGUCACUGCCCGCCAGGGCUGGCGUGCUGGCCGCCGCGAAUCCGGUCGGAGGCCACUACAACCGUGCAAAGACGGUGGCCGAGAACCUGCGCAUGGGUAGCGCACUGCUCUCGCGCUUCGACCUGGUCUUCAUUCUGCUGGAUCAGCCGAAUGCUGAUCUUGACCGGCGUCUGUCCGAGCACGUCAUGGCAAUGCACUUGAAGAAACCCAGCUCACUGUCAUCGUGCCAGCAGCUGUUGGAGGACGCAGGCGACACUCAGGCAUCGGCCGCCUUUUCCCAGAUGCCGCAUCCAUCAAAAUCGCUUGCGGAGCGACUCCGUGGGCCUGUCACGGACCCCGUUUCAGCUCCGCUGCUGCGAAAGUACAUCACAUAUGCACGCCAAUACGUCCAGCCGACAUUGAGCAGUGAGUGUGCAGCGCACUUGCAAAAAUUCUACCUUCAACUUCGCGGAGUUCGGCAAGCUGACUGCGUACCCAUAACCACCCGCCAGCUAGAGUCCUUGAUACGGCUGACCCAGGCACGGGCCCGGCUCGAACUACGGGAAGAAUGCACGGCUCAGGAUGCCCUUGACAUUAUUGAGCUCAUGAGGCACAGUAUCGCGGACACUCAGAGUGACGGGCUGGGUUCCGUGGACUUCAGGCGCUCUCAGCACGGCUCUGGCAUGAGCAAACCGGCUCAGGCGCGAGCCUUGGUGAGUGCGCUCACCAAGGAGUCGCAGCGGACGGGCAACCGCAUCUUCACCACGAGCGAGCUGAGGACGAUGGCGGAGCAGCGGUGUGGCAUACUGUCAUCAUCGGUGCGUGUCAUCAUUGAUGCUUUGAAUGACCAGGGAUUUCUCCUCAAGAAAGGCUCGGGCCGUUAUCAGCUGCAAACCACCGAUUUCUAGUAGGGACUGUCCAUUAACACUUUAACUGCCAUGAAAAAUUUAUGAAAAGUGCAGAUUUGUCCUUAACCUGCACUUUUCGCCAUAUUCUUCUAAAAGUUAUGGUACCAGGAAUGCUGAUAGAUUUUUUACUGCUCUUGUUGAAGAAAAUUGCAAAACAUGUGUGUUAGUUAUUUAUGUGAGAAAAUUACAAAAUAGUGCUACAUUUCUCAUGAUGACUUGACUAGUCAUUGGAAGUUAAUGGGUUAACGUGCUUGCAAGUAAUGGCAAUCCAAAAGUGACAGAAAUAAGAAUUCAAUAACUCGGAAAGUGUGGAUAGUAGCACAAUGCAAUUAUUGCAUGAAUUGUUGCCAGAAUAGGUAGUUACAUUUGCCAACAGCAGGCAGUGCUUCUGUUGUGUUAGUGGCUUGUACAAUAGAAUAACAGCAUCACUUAUAUGUUAUAAAUGUAGCUUCCAGCAAUUAAAUGCUUCAUUAUUUUAAAGACUCCCUUGUUUUUCUGCACAUUUCUACGAGAAGCUUGUGCUCUGCUGUCAACACUUUUCGAGUGAUUAAAUUUUCAUUUUUGUUACUUUUGGGUAACCUGGUGAAUCGGGUGUCUAGCAGCCUCAUAUGCAGUGAGAGGUUUAAAGUUUAUCAAGUUUGUCCUAGGUGCAUCAAAAUAUUUUUAGAAUUGUUUGGCAAACUUAAAAAAAGUAGACCAUGUCAGGGUAAUUGACCAAAUGAAAAGUGCUGUUUAUCAAAAUUAUCUUUGUUGACUCUCCCUUAAAGCUCCGCAUCACAUUUUUUUCACAAACAUGGAUUAAUUGGCCAGCUAGCAUGACAGAGAAGGUGCAGAUUGGGGUUUCAAUAGUAACCUAUCAUUUCUUUUUUCUACCUUAGUACUAAAUCAUAAAUUUGGUCUUGCAGCUCAUCAGCAAGUGCCAGUUAUGAGUAUAUGAGUUAGGGAACAUCCUGCUUUAAUAGUUAGGAGAAGUCAGGAAAGCUAGGCAGUUUGUAGAGGAUGUGAUCACUUAGACAUCCCUCUUAGAAAACAUCUCCAAGUGCAGCAGUGUGAUAAGGAAUCAAUGACAGUACCCGACGUUAUUGAUAAUGGUUUGAGUCCCCAGGGCUUCGUUCUUGAGGAAAGGCUUGGGUCCGUGGUUUAGGCUACCGAGUUAAGUGUUGUCAAUCAACGAAUUCACAAGUAUUCUCUGUUGAUAGGUAGUCUUAUUUCUGAAAGUUAGAGAAACAGUGGUCUUAAGCUUGUCAUUUUGUAAUACUAUCGCAACUGGUGCAAGCAUUAUUCAUGUCCCCGACAACCAAAGCUUUUCGUUUGAAAAGGGCUCAGCCCGAUACAUCAGCUCCCGACAGCCAGCUUCUCGGUCAUCUAUCAGUGGGCUCAAAACUAUGUGAUUAUGCGUGUUAAGUUUUAUUUGCCAAAAGCGCGAAAGCUUAUUGUACAGUUGUACUGAUUUGUAGUACAUAGUGCUGUUAUGUGCAUAUUUGUGUGCUUAUGUACCAGUUCUCAGUGUACUGGUGUUUACUAGGUUUAUUGUUCCUCCGAAAC